UCAAAACCGACUCACGGGCUCCAAGUCAAUGAGAAUAACGGCAGUAAUUCAUACCGGACGGUCCUCACAUCCCCAUCCUCAAGUUUUGUGGUGUUAUAUGUUUUAUCUGAGGUAAACUACGGGGAGAGCUUCAUCUGAAGGACAUUUCUCAAUUAUCUACCAUCACAGAAAAUCUGUCCGGGAAACAAGGGACGGACACAUUUUCUCUAUAGAUCUUCCUGUCUCACACACGCACACUUGAAGACCGAGAAUAAUCGCUCUGAAAGCAUGGAGCCUGCUGAGAUGAACACUAUCCCCAACGGGAAGGGGCACGAAGCUGGUGAGGAAACAACUGCGACUGCAAUAAAAAGCCAAUCAGAAGAUGCUGCUCAGGAACUUGUACCAAAUAGCACAGAAACUACCAGUAAUGACAGAACUCCAGGUAAUGCAGAGGCAAACCUGCCAGAAAGCUCAGAGUUCCUGUCUAAUGCAGAUGACAAGAAAACCACUCGCUUCACGGAUUUUGAGGGAAAGACUUCUUUUGGGAUGUCCGUCUUCAACUUGGGUAACGCCAUUAUGGGAAGUGGAAUUCUGGGAUUAGCGUAUGCCAUGGCUAAUACGGGCAUUGUCCUCUUCAUAAUUCUUCUCACUGCUGUUGCUGGCCUGUCUUCAUACUCCAUUCACCUGCUGCUAAAAUCUUCAGGCGUUGUGGGCAUUAGAGCUUAUGAACAACUGGGCUACCGAGCCUUUGGCACACCAGGCAAGAUGGCUGCUGGCAUUGCAAUCACCCUGCAGAAUAUUGGAGCCAUGUCCAGCUACUUGUACAUUGUAAAGUACGAGUUUCCACUGGUUAUCCAGGCUUUUCUCAAGGUGGAAAAUACAUCAGGGGAGUGGUAUGUAAAUGGCAAUUACCUGGUCGUCAUUGUAUCAUGCAGUGUCAUCUUGCCGCUCGCUUUAAUGAAGCAGCUCGGGUACCUGGGCUACACCAGCGGUUUCUCUCUCAGUUGCAUGGUCUUCUUCCUUAUUGCGGUGAUCUAUAAGAAGUUUCAGGUGAAAUGUCCUUUUGAAGACUAUGCCCAUAACAGGACGGUUUUGGGCUUUAACACAAGUGUGGCGGCUGACCCCGGAGGAGUGGAGAUGACCCCUGAGGCUGACCCUGCCUGCACCCCCCACCUCUUUAACAUGAACUCACAAACGGCCUACACGGUUCCCAUCCUGGCAUUUGCGUUUGUGUGUCACCCUGAGGUGUUGCCAAUUUACACGGAGCUGCGCAACCCCACAAAGACAAAGAUGCAACACGUCUCCAACAUCUCCAUUGGUGUCAUGUACGUCAUGUACCUCCUGGCUGCUCUGUUCGGAUAUCUGACUUUCAUCGAUAAGGUGGAAGCCGAGCUGUUGCACACCUACAGUCGAAUUGACCCGUAUGACACACUCAUCCUAUGCGUUCGUCUAGCUGUGCUGACUGCCGUCACGCUCACUGUACCCAUCGUGCUGUUUCCUGUAAGGAGAGCAAUUCAGCAGUUGUUCUUCGCAAAUAAAACCUUCUGGUGGCCACGUCACAUUGCCAUAGCUGUCACCCUCCUCACCCUCAUCAACUUACUGGUCAUCUUCGCCCCAAACAUCCUGGGCAUCUUCGGGGUCAUCGGUGCCACGUCCGCGCCGUGCCUCAUCUUUAUAUUUCCGGCUGUGUUUUACAUCCGCAUUGUUCCCAAGGAAGAGGAACCUAUGCGUUCAGCGCCGAAAAUCCUCGCUGCUUGCUUCGCCAUUUUAGGAGUCCUAUUUAUGAUAAUGAGCCUGAGCUUUAUCAUCAUUGACUGGACGUCAGGGAACAGCAAAGGAAACAGUGGUCAUUAGGCCUCUAAUGGUUUAUGCUUUUUAAUAUUAUUUUCGGGUCAGUAGUUGGGGAGGAUGCAUAAUCUCUCACUAGAUCAGUCACUAGAUUUCUAGCUUUAGUUGCAUUCAAUCGAUGCAUUAUUUGGCCUUGUGACUUGCAUGUGCUGUAAAUGGGGUGUUGACCCAUCUCAGGUCGGCAUUAAUUCCAUUUAAAGGCCAUUAGCUUCCAAAAAGAAGUGGUUGGGAAAUGCAAAUAUUAAUUUUAAACUUGAUACGUGGGGAGAAGAUGACCAGAACUAGAAAAUCAAAGCCCAUAAUAGUCAGUAUGUGCCAUAGUAACAGCACAUGCAGUCUGCAGGGUUUGCAAACAAAAGGGAUUUUGCAUUCUAACCAAACAGACUCAUCAGAUGGCCCAACCUCCCAUCCAUUCCUUCAUAUUAUGACCUUUCACCUUUACCCUUCGGCCACAUUCAGAUUAGAAUCACAGUAAGUGCUCAGUUCUGAUGGGAGGAUUGGUGGUUAUUAAAGUGUUUAUUUCAUCAUAUCUCAUUUUAGAUAUAGCAAUACUCAGUGCAAUAGCUGUGAGAUAUGAUGCUGAAGGCUGUUGAGAGGCAACACAUGACCUCGUCCAGAAUCCAGACUUGAUUUGGCUCCAGUCUAUUACACAAUUUUAAAUUUAUGCAAAUUGUACGUAUAGUACAGAUGUAUAUGUCACAUUUUUAUAUGGAUUUAUAAUGUUUAUCCUUUCUACGAUAUUUAGAGAUACAUGUAUUAGCAGAUAAUAUGAGCAUAAAUAUAUAUGAUAUAUAGAAAAUAGAAGAAUAUUCCAAUUCAUUUGGUCUUCUCAAGGUUAUCUAUCACAUCCCUUUACAAUAUUUGUGACUAUUCAGCUAAAAUGCCAACUUUAAAAGAUUUAGAUCUAAAAAAAAAAUGACAAUUAUCCAAGAUGAAAAGCACAUUUUGAAUAUUUUUAAUGAAUACUGCUGGUUGCAAUGGGAAAGCACAGACUGGAAAGCACAGUUAAUCAUGGGGUCAGUUUGUAAGGAUCCCAUCUAGGAGUCCUACUGACAGACUGAUUUUGAAACACUCUCUGGAUUUAUAUGCAGAGAAAUCCAAAAAAAAAGAAAAGAAAAAAAAAAAAAAAAAAAACAUUCACAGGGUCUUCUCCUUGAUUGGAGAAACAAAUAUUGUGCAUUGGUGCACAUAAAUGUUUUAGUUACAGCGCAAAAUGGCAUACAUGUGGUAAAUGUUGCUCAGUGGAAAGCUGAUCGUAUUAAUGUUUUGCUUCUAGUUAUGCUAUUAACCGAACUAGACGGAUGAUUUUGGAGAUCGGUUCCCGAUCAUUUGGCGAUUAUUGAAACCUUAAACUGUAGCACUUUCAUUUGAAACACAACUUCCGCUCAAUCUCUUGACCUAGUGACCCAUUUACGACUUAUGACAUAAUCAGAUUAAUAUAUUUUGUAGACAGAUAUAUGAACAAAGCCUAUGUACUACUAACUGUAAAUUGUUUGAAGAAAAAAAAAAACAAGUAAUGUGUGGAUGUCUAACAUGGUACAUGAAUAUUUUAAUCUUUGUAAUUGAAACUCGUUAUCCUAAAUACUAUAAAUCAAGCACUUACUGGCCCAUAAUGAUCUAAAUGGUAACACUGUGGUGUUUUAUUGUGUGUGUAUGUGUGUGAAUGUGUGCGUUCUCUCCUCUUUAUGCGUACGGAGAAAGAAUAUUUCAGUCAGUGAAUGUACUGUAAUGGACUACAAGAUGUCUAAAUGAGAUGUGCAUUUAAAUUGUGGUACUUUUUAAUUCAUUUUGUCUGUUUAAUUAAUGUUUAAUAGAUAGACCAGUCACACAUAAAUAAAUCAUCAUAUCUGUGAACCAGUAUCAGCAUAAUUACAUAUCUCAAUAUCUUCUUUCAGUGUUUUAAAUGUCCCUAGUGCUGCAUCAAGGGCCUGUCAGACAGCAAAGCACUGUAGUAUAUUCCAAAUUACAAUCUCCCUGGCUGUUUUUUUUAAAAAUGUAUCCUUGUUUAUCAUGGCCGGAUGCUUCAUUUCCCUCUGUGGUGUUUUGGAUAUACAGAGAGAAAUUAAUGAUUUACUGAUUAAAUAUGUGUGUAUGAUUUCUGAAGUGCAUCAGUGAAAUAACCCAUUGAGAUCAUUGUUCAUUUUUUGGGAAAGAAGCGUAUAAUUGUGUGUUCUGGUGAUGGUGACAUGUUGUCAGUAGUGGUGUAAUGCCUCACACACCAAUGUGGUUUCUCAAGCACAGAAGUGUCCCAUUGUUUUAGCAAUGUGUGUUAAUGUGUGUUUACAAGCCUGAGAACUAAAUGUGCCAGUUGUUAAAGAAUUGCCAGUAUCUGUCUUUAAUGGCUCAAAAUGAUUCCUGAUUGCCUGAACAUGAGUUUGAAGCAAAGUAGAAGAAUUUCACUUCAAAAUCAGACGAAAUAUAUAUAUUACUGUAUUAUGUAGAAGAGUAUUGUGAGAAAGAGAUAGAGUGAGCAAGUUUAUUACCUGCAUUCAGAGUUAGCAUUUUCCUUCAGGUCAGUCCUAUGUUCAUAAUAAAAAAUCUGUAUGUAUUAUCUUGUCCUUUUAACAGUUAAGGGGUUUUCCCAUGACUGACAGCGCUAGUCAAAGCAUUUGUCAGUUGCGUCUUGUUCCUUGUUCACAACAAUUCAGUCUUUUCAAUAUAAAAGUCUUCACUACUGACUGACACACUCAUAAAGACAGUUUUUGCCGCCAUCUAAUGGUGUAAUAAUGUAACUUAUGUUGCUGUUCACAGUCAGGGACUAAGGCUUUUAGUGAUUUUACUUCAUGAAAGUCGCAUUGAUACAUAUAUUUUUUGGCUUUAAUAUUUGUAUUGUGUGGUAACCGUUUUAUAAAAGCAGUAAGGUACUCGAGGCUGGUGCUGUAUCGUGAAUAAGUCACGGCUGAAGGGCGUUAUUAGGCACAACGCGAAGCGUCUCGUACCUUAUUGCUUACAUUAUAUAUAUAUAUGCAAGUCAGCAUAUUAGAAUGAUUUCUGAAGGAUCAUGUGACACUGAAAACUGGUGUAAUGAUGCUGAAAAUUAAAAAAUUAUUAAAAUAGAAAACUGUUAUUUAAUAUUUAGUAAUAAUAUUUCACAAUAUUACUGUUUUUAUUGUUUUUGAUCAAAUUAAUGCAGCCUUGGUGAGCACAAGAGACUUCUUUCAAAAACAUACCAACCCCUAUAAAUAUAUAUAUAUAUAUAUAUAAUUAGUUUCUUCUGAAUUUGGAGUGAAAUUUGACUGAGAGAGAGUGUAAUAUUGAUUUCAUAAUGUUGCUGAUGAUUUUGAGUAUUUGACUCCUGUCUGAUGUAUCCACUGCAUAAAUGAAUGAUUUUAUGAUGAAGGUAGUUAACCAGUAAAAUCUUAUUAACUUACUAUCAUAUAGCACAAAGUAGAAAUCUUUAGUAUCGAAGAUGAACCACGCAUAAAUACUGUUCCCUUUAUAGUAGUACAAUCCGUGAUUGCUGCGACUAGAGCAUUAGCAGCGGUGCACAAGAAACUGCCCUGACCACCAAGAUCCCCCAUAAUGCUGUGCUUCCAUCCCCUGACUUUCACACGCACAGCUUUUGUAGCUUCCGAGCUGACGUCUGGGCUGAAAGCAGCAUUUUUUAAGCACCUGCAGAUUGUAUGAUCUCCAAAUCUGCAAGGAUUCACAACGUAGCAGAAGGGGGAAGCGUUUAAUUGUCUUUUUAUCAGCUGUGUACUUGUGUCCAGUCAGCGUGAUGUUUCCCUUGUGAUGUAACGAAAGUGUCAUCUGUUUGUAACAGUUUAUAUGAAUUCAUUACUUACAUGGCAGCAUUUAUAAAUAAUGUACAUAAAUGUAAACCCUUUAUAUUAUAAGCAUAUCUAUAGUUUAUAUAUUGUAAAUAGUCAGAUGUUUAGUCUGAUGAUUAAAACGUAAUAAUUUUUAAAAAUGCUUUUUAAAAAGCCAGUCUAUGUCUUUAUUUUCUUUAUUCUCAGUAUCAAGUACAUUGCUGGCAGUUCAUGUACUGUAAACAAUGUUAAAAUAAAAAAAAGAAUAAAUAAUAUUCAUUCUUUCUUG